AUGAUUUUCACGGAUAUGUACCAGUAUGGCCUCAGACUACCGUUUCAUCCUUGGGUACAGAUGAUGUUGGCCAAGUUGGGGUAUGCGCCGGGGCAAUACAAUCCCAACUUUUGGCUGCUUCUGCAUGGAGUUUAUAUUGCUUGGUGGUUGGUUGGGUUGGGGGAGCCAACAUUUGAGCAGUUUAUGUACCUGUAUUCGAUCUCCAAACAACAGGGAACCUUUGGCUGGGUACAAGCCAAUUGCCGAAAGGCAAAGGAGAGAUGUUAUUUUAUUGGGCAUAAGCCGAGUACGCAGAAGUCUUGGCCGAACAGAUGGUGCUUAGCCUAUGGUGAUUGGGAGUGUCCUCCAGGGAAGACCGUCUCUAGACACAUUCCAACCCACUUCCAGUUUAUAGCUGAGUUGUAUCUAAACUUUGGUGCAAGUUCGAUGAAGUGGGGACCGAUCUCCAAGGAGCGAGAAGACGAGGUUGAGAGAGUGAGGUCAUUGUUGUCGGAGACCCAACGUGAGCGCAAAAACCUAGUCACCCAGAAGAACCUGUACGAGUCAGGACUCUUGCAAGGGAUGGCAGGUAUCAUAAGGGGAAGCACGAAGGUGGCUAUGGAUCUGGAUGAUCCCGAGAUGCAGAAACGGCUGAGGGAGUCUCGGGCCAAGAGGGUGAAGAAGGGAGGUGCUCAGCAGGCGGCUGGGAAGUGUCCCAGAGAUGAUGAAGGCCUGGUUGGCGAUGUGCUGGGAAAGAAAAGAGCGCUGGAGGAAGCUCACCGGAGCGUGAUGGGGACAGGGCUGAGGCUUCCUCCCUUUGACCCGCAGGCGCCGCUGAAGCUCCCCUUUGGUAUGGAUGAUGUUUACGCCGAGGGGGUGGAGAAGGUGGACUUCUCUAGGCUGCGUCGGUAG